GGAUAAACGUGCCACUUGACCCAAGUUGUGCCAUCUGCUUGACCAUGAAUCCGGGGCAGAGAGGCCAGCAUUAUAUGGAGCUUCCAGAGAGCUUAAAGCCACUUUUUAGGCCAGUGGCAAUGAUUACACCUGAUGCUCUGACCAUAGCCCGAGUCCUGCUGCUCGCGGAGGGCUUCACCUGUUUUGAUCGACUUGCAGUGAAGUUGUGCUUGUGUUUCCGUCUUGCUGCUGACCAGCUCAGCAAAGAGCAAUCACACUAUGACUUUGGGAUGCGCUCCUUGCGCACUGUUAUUAGUUGGAUGGGGAAGGCAGCUCACUUUGGUGCGGUGGUUCACCGCGUGCGACAGGGAAUGGGGCAAACAAUGAGCUCGGGUGGGGACCUCUCUAAAGCAGAUCUGGUCAAGGAGGAGGAAACGAUUCUACAGCGGGCUCUUCUUCAAUGCACACUGCCAAAGCUCGUCGGCCAAGACCUUCCCCUCUUCAAAAAGCUGCUUGCUGACCUUUUCCCUGAACAUGGUUCAUUACCAUCCCUGUCAUCCACGGUCCACAAAGCGCUAGCAGAUUGUGUGCGCACCAGUCUGGAGGCAAGGAAUAUGUGUGCACCUGAAAGCUUUGUGCAAAAGUGUUUGCAGCUCUUUGAUGUGAUGAGCUUACGGCAUGGAGUGAUGCUCGUUGGGACCCCGGGGGCAGGAAAGUCAGCAUGUCUACAAACACUUGCGGAUGCAAUCAGUCAGCUGUCGAGAUCUCAGCAGCCACUGCAUGGGCCUUGCAGUGUCGGAGCCCACAGUGGCGGUGGACAUGGCAGUGCUUGUAGAACGGAAUCCCCAACUGGGCAGCAGGCAUCUUUGCCGUCGUGGCCCUUUGCAGAGGAUCUCGUGCUGACAUAUGAUGUGAUCAAUCCCAAGGCUGUUGACAUUGAUCAUUUGUUUGGUGGGAUCAACCAAAAGACCCAUGAGUGGCGGGAUGGAAUCAUGGCAGCCAUCAUGAGAAGAAACAGGGGGAGCAGGGGCACAAUGAGCUCAACGAGAAGUGCCCUGGGUGGAGAGAAGUGCAAUGGAGAGUCCUGUUUAAAAGGGUUUCGCGAUGUCCAUUGGGUGGUGCUGGAUGGGCCUGUAGAUCCACACUGGGUUGAGAGUAUGAACACAAUGCUCGAUGACUCCAAAACUCUAUGCCUGGCAAGUGGAGAGAGAAUAUCCCUACCUCCCAAUCGAAUCCUUAGUGUUAUAUUUGAAGUCGAGGAGCUGUGCGCCGCUUCCCCAGCUACGAUAUCCCGUUGUGGAAUGGUGUUUGUUGAUGCCAAAGAUGUGGGCUGGCGUCCUCUUGUCAGCUCCUGGAUAAAAUGCCUCCCUGAUAGCCUUCAAGCUCGUCCCUAUAGGACCCUGUUAGAGGGGUUAUUUGACAGGUGUUUGCCGGCUUGCUUGGACUUUGUCGGACACCCAGACACUGAUCCUGAGCUAGUGGGUAGCAAACAACAACCAGAAAUGGGGUCAGCCCACAAGCAGUGGCUUUACGGUUAUCUUAUGCCUGUCACUCUGGUUCAAGGGCUGCUCAGGCUUAUGGAAGCAUCUCUGAGGAAUGCUGGUGCCUGGGAAAAUAAGUUCAGUGUGAGAGACAGUCAAAGUAGGGACAGCAAACUCGAGGGAGACUCAGCUGUGACAGGUGCAGCCAGUAUCAGAGGCAAAGGUGGCAGUUGCAUCACAACCAACAGAGAAUCGGCAUUGCUUUCACCAGGAGGGUCCACUGCAUGUGUGUCGAGGCCAGUUGGCAGAAGCACUGCAUCUGGCAUGCUCUCGCCAGAGGAGGAAACUCAGGGUGGAGGAAUCGGCAGGGCAAACACCCAUGGUGAUAGAGAGUUGUCCUCAUGCACAGAUGAUGGUGCAGCUCUGGGCAUUGCAAUGCACCCAUGGAUGCAUUCUAGGGAUCGAAAGAACCGGCCUGUUAGCAUGUGGCAGAGGCAGGCACGGGACUUAGUGAGCUGGAGACGGUUGCACCUCUCAAGAUUGAACAACAAAGCUGCUGACCUCUUUGGAUCCUGUGGGGGACGGAGUGUUCGGGAAUCAGGGCUCAGGUGGGACGGACAAGGAGGUGGUGCCACUGUUGUCCCCAGCUGGGAGGAGGAAGACUGGGUCGGUGAUCCAGUUGUGGAGGGGGGCAACUGGGAACGACAGCAGAAUGAGUGGAGUGGAAGUAGACCAAAGGAUGCAGAUGAUCCUAGAGGAAUCAAAGCUGCGAUUGCAAGCAGUUUCCUAUUUUCUCUGGCCUGGUCAAUUGGUGGGAUGCUGAGCACUGACGCUUCUCGCUGUGGCUUUGACCGAGUGGUUCAAUCAACUGCAGGAACAGAUAUUAUCAGGUUGACUGGCCUGCCGGAGGAGGUGGGCACUGUGUUUGACUACUAUUAUGACACUGCCGCAUGCGUCUGGCGCCGAUGGGAGGAUAUGGCAUCUCAUGGUCUGGGUUGUUACCACUUAGGGAGUGAAAAAGUUGCAAUGUGGCCGGGCAAGGAUAGACUUGAACAGGAAGGAGUAGGAGGCAAGUUCAACAAAUUCUCUGACAGACGAGGAGGGGUUCGACUACAAGAGUUGAUUAGAGAGAAGAGAUGGAUCGCCGAUUGCCAUGUGAAUGAAGAGAUGGAAGCAUUGGGAAGUGACUUGGUGGUCCCCACUGCUGCGUUCACGAGGAACGAGGUGCUCAUCUCCUGCCUACUACGCUGUAACAGACCUGUACUUCUGUGUGGAAGUGUUGGAUCGGGAAAGAGUAUAGUAGUGUCACACACAUUGGGCAAGCUGCAGGCUGCAGGUAAGUGCGACACGCUGAAUGUGCGCCUAGGGGCUGCAAGCACUCCAAGAAGUAUACAUUCCACAGUAACCCAUCACCUAGAAAUGAGGCGGCGUGGUGUUUUGGGGCCAUGUAGACAUCGCCGCAUGGUGGUCUUUAUCGAUGAUCUUGACAUGCCCAUGGCAGACCAGUGGGGUCAGGUCCCUAUCUUGGAGCUGUUGAGGCAGAUGGUAGAGCAUGGGGGUUACUUUCCGAUUCCUUGUGGUGUUCUUUUCACACAGGUGGAGGGUCUCUGCCACGUGGCAUCCAUGAGAGGGUUCAGGCUAAGGAGGAGCUACCACCGCUCAGGGGUGGGUCCGCCCUCGCGAGCAGCACAUCCUGAAGAAACCGCAGGAGCAGUUGGAUUUGCAAGAGGUAAUUUUGGACUGGGAAGGAGACCCUUGGCUAUGACUGGGGUUGCUCGUUUAAUUCGCCAUUACAAUGUGCUGAUGUUCCCGGAACAGAGCGGCUCAGCUCUGCAAACAAUCUUCUCAGUCAUUCUUGAGGCACGCUGCUGUGAUCUGGCACCUGAUACGAGAAGGCUUGUGCAACCAAUCGGGAGGGCAUCCACAGAGGUUUUUGUGUGUGUUCGACAGGCUCUUCUUCCAACACCAGCCAAGGCCCAUUACGUAUUCACACCACGAGACCUGUUUCACCUUCUGAAAGGCCUGCUCUGUGCCACACUGGACAAGACAAUAACGCGGGGCCAACUCCUGCGCCUGUGGCUACAUGAGUGCCAUCGGACAUUCUCCGACCGUUUGGUGAGUGAUGAAGACCGUAAUGUUUUCCAAUCUGCACUUAGAGCUGCUGUGGUGUCACAGUUUGGAGCCCUCGAGGCAGUCAACGAGGAGACUAGUAUAGCCCCUCCUCCUAUCAAUGCCCAUGUCUUUGGCCAUUACACUCGGACAAUGAACGCAGACGGGUCCGUUCAGGCAAUUUCCUCAUACACAGAGGUCAACGAUGUCCCACGAUGGAUAAGCACAAUGGAAAGUCAACUGACAGGUUACAGUGUGGAGAAGGGAUAUUGCAUACCCCUUGUCUUGUUUCCAGAAGCUGCUGAGCAUCUGAGCCGCCUUCUCAGGGUCUUCCGGAUGCCGUCAGGACAUGCCAUGCUUCCUGGCCUCUCCGGCAGUGGGAGGCGGUGUUUGGUCAAGCUGGCAGCACAUAUUAUGGGAUAUGAUUUGUUGGAGGUAGAUGUGCACCGAGCCUAUGGCCCUAAUGAGUGGGCUCAGGACCUACAGGCUGUUCUGAAGAUUGCAGGGCUUGGGAGGCAGCCAAUUGUGCUCCUUUUUUUGCUUGAUCAUAAUUGGAACGAGCAUGAGAGUUUUGAGAAGUUUCUAGAGAACCUCGAUCAACUUCUUCUAACAACAGAGGUGCAUGAGUUGCUGGACACAGAUCAGAGAUACUAUGUUCAGCAAGAGCUGCAGAGGCUAGAAGAAGCUGACACAGGCCCUCUUGCACUUGAGAUUGAAAGUGGCAAGGAGAGAGAGGAGUAUCUCAACUCUCAGUUUUCGCGGCGGGUUAAAGCACAGCUGCAUAUUGCAAUCUGUGUGAGCACAGGUGGCUCAGGUGGGGCUGGAGUGAGGAGAAUGCUGCAUACAUACAGGUCGUUCCUUAGUUGUUGUACUUUUGACUGGUAUGGAAAUUGGUCGACAACGGCGUUAAAGGCAGUUGCGCGGGCGAAAUUCACAGAAGAUUCACGUUUAUCAGAUUUGACGGAGACUCAAAUUGAUGGGCUGGUGAAUGCCUGCUCAGCAGUGCAUCUGUGUGCAGAAAAGGAGGCUGGCUGUUACUCCCAGGAGCAUGGCAAGUACGGUUCGAUGUUUGUCACAUCCAAGACAGCUCUGAGCUCUUCAGCAAGUUAUUUGGAGAUGAUGGGCAUCCUAGGGUGCUUGGUUGAGAACAAGGGUAAGGAGGUUAGGGUCAUGUCACAGAGACUUGAAGGAGGCGCGAACAAAUUAAGGUCGACAGCGAAAUUGGUCACAGCUAUGCAGAAGGAUCUAGAGAAUCUGCUGGAUAGGAAAGAGAGCACGGGUGAGGAAAUGGAGCGCUUGAUUGCAAGCAUUGCUGCAGAACAGAAAGAAAUGGAUCAAAUCAUCGCCAAGGUCCGUGCCGAUGAGGAAAACGCAAAGGCUGAAGCUGCAAAACACCAGCGCCUUGCGGAAGAAGCACAACAAGAUGUCAAUGAUGUGGUUCCUCAGGUUCGGAAAGCUAUCAAGGAACUAAGUUCUCUGAACAAAAAGGAUAUCUCGGAGAUCAAGUCAUUGACAAAGCCUCCGCCACGCCUCAUCAUUGUGCUUGAGGCUCUGUGUAUCAUCUUAAGGAAAGAUCCCAGGAGGGUUAGAGUGCCACAUGCCGACAACCCCAACAAGAUGGAGACUAUUGAGGAUUACUGGCCUGUUGCCAGAGAGCUCUUGUCCCAGGUAAAUUUUGUUCAAAUGUUGCUGAGCUUUGAGAAGGAUGAAAUGGAUGACAUAAUUGUGGACAAGCUGAAGCCAUACAUGGAGAAUCCGAGGUUCCAACCAGACCAGGUGGGACGUAUCUCUAUGGCCUGCAAAUCCAUUUGUACCUGGAUCCGCGCGAUGUACAAUUAUCACUCAGCGCGAACACACAAGAUGAUUCCUCGAGUCGAGCGUCUGGAGGAGGCAAAGAAGGAGCUUGUUGUCGCUCAGAAUGCGCUGGAGGACAAACAUAAGAAACUGUCGGAGAUCGAAGAGAGCCUUGCUCAUCUUAAAGCCAGGUACGAGUUUGCUCGUGCGUCAAAGCAGAGCCUGUUGCGUCAGGCAGAAGAAUCGGUCGUAAAGAUUGAGAGAGCAACACGGCUGAUCAAGCGGCUCGAAGGUGAGCACAAGAGAUGGGAGUCUCAGAUGGAGAGUCUUCGUGCCAUGCGAGACGGUUUGGUUGGCGACUCCCUUCUCGCUGCGGCGUACAUUUCCUAUCUUGGUGCAUUUCCUGCAGCCUUCAGGUCGCAUAUGCUUGCAAGCUGGAAGCAGGCACUGCAGUUUGCCAAUCUCCCCUUCUCUUCUGCCUUCACACUCGUGCCUUUCUUCUUGAAACCAGAUGAAGUCCGCAAAUGGGUGGCAGCCACACUUCCAUCAGAUAACCACUCACUUGAAAAUGGGAUCAUGACAUGGAACUGCCUCCGCCCAUGCCUGGUCCUCGAUCCGCAGAUGCUGGCUACCAACUGGAUUCAUACCAUCAGGGCACAGCAAGGGGUUCUUGUCGAUGUCGAGGCGCACAACGUGCAGUUGAAAGAUGUCUGCCUGUCGUCCAUGGCGAAAGGUCAGUGGUUGUUUGUGCGACAUGUUGGUGCCGUACUUCCUCCCGAUUUACUGCCCAUCAUCCACACAGGAAGCAUUGCAGCAGGGAAUUCCUUGAGGGCGCAAGAUGGCGAGGUUGGCACGGUCAAUAUGUCCAUGAGCCUUCCUAAUGGUGCUCGUGUGGCCAAGGCGUCAGGCUUCAAAUGCAUCAUAUCGUCACUGGACGUGGGCAGUCGCAAUUUGGAGGAGGCAGGGACAAGCAUCAACCUUGUGGACUUCACUGUUAAUCUGGAUGGACUAUACAGCCAGCUCCUCACUUUAGUUGUGGAGAAGGAGCGUCCAGAUCUUGAGGAGAGGAAAACUCAAUUGCUACAGCAACAUCUGGCUUAUGAUCGACAGCUGAAGGAGACUGAAGACCGGGUUCUUAUGCUUCUCUCAAACACAACAGGGACUAUACUGGAUGAUGAAGCUCUGGACCAAGCUUUGCUAUCGGCAGCAGCUACAUUUGAGAGCAUUCAGGGGCCAUGCUAAUCUUCUCUGUAUCGUUCCAAUUUUAACGGAUUCUAAUCUUGAAUCUUCAGCAACGCGAGUAAAAGGGUAGGAGGCUG